AGUCACCCCCUCGCUUGAUUUUUCUAAACUUAUUUAAUUUCCUUUGGCUUCUAACACGUCCAAGACGUGUGAAAAAAAAAAAUGCCUUCUUUAAUGAGUUAUUUUGUUUUGUCAAUAAUUUUGGGAAUAUGUUCCCUUUAUAAAGCAGAGAAUUUUGAAGAUGCCCAAAAAGCUCAACCUGCGUAUUAUACUCCGGAUGAAACUUCUGCUAGGGAUUAUAGAAAUCGAGAUGGCUCUGAAGAAAAUGCUCUUCCUGAUUACUACAGAAACAAUUUCGACUGUUCUGUGCAUCGUUACUCUUAUGGAAUGUAUGCCGAUUUGGACUUUCAAUGCCAGGUUUAUCACGUCUGUCAUAACAACAGAAAAGAAUCUUUUCUUUGUCCCAGAGGAACCCUGUUUAAUCAACAGAUCCUUAGCUGCGAUCAUUGGUAUUCUGUAAAAUGUCAAGAUUCUCCAAAUUUUUACAAUGUAAACGAAUUGUUGGGAAAAUCUUCCAAUAAUACUUAUAAUGGGCUAGGUGGGCCUUAUUCUACAAGGAGAUUCCCUGCCCGUCCUUCUUACGGGCAGCAAGGAUAUGGAAGUUUGCAUUCUCAGAAUCAGUUAACUCCAUUUUCUGAAAGAGAUCAAGCGAAUAAUACACGUUAUGGAUCAGAUCAAAGAGGUAUAGUUGGAGAACAGGAUCGUUAUGGUCCCUCGACUGGAUAUGGUACACAAUCUGAAUUCGAUCGUCCUAGGCAAUAUGGUGAUAGUCAAAUAGGAUCAUCCAGACCAACAGGAUCACAAGAUUCAUUAUGGAAUAGGCAACAAACACAAUCACCAUUUGAUAAGCAACCACUUCCUACCGGAUCUCAAAGUUCAUUGUACAAUAGAAGGCAACCUCAACCAGGAUUUCGGGGAUCAUCUUUUGAUACUCAAAAGCCUUUAGCAGGUGUUAAAGGACCUCUUACUGACAGACCAAGGACACGGCCAGGAUCUCUUAAACCAGAAUAUUCUUACGGAAGACAAUUUCCUUCAACAGGCUCACAGCGUUAUCCCUUUAGUCAGCCCCAACCAGGAGAUCGUUUUUCGUCUGGAGGACGGCCAUCUGUAACAGGGUCCAGAGAUUCUCGUUUCGAUAAACCCGAAUUACGACCAGGAUCUUAUGAAUCAUCGUUCGAUAAUAUACAACCAGGAUCUGAAAGAUAUCCCGAUGGAAGACGACCUUUUACAACUGGAUCAACACAAUAUCCUGAUGGAAGACAACCCUUUUCAACUGGAUCUACACGAUCACCUUUUGGCAGACCAGAAUCAGGAUCUUUUGUUACAACAAAACCAGAAACAAGCAGAUACCCUUAUGGCAGACAACCCUCAUCUCAUACUACUUUGGGACCAUCAUAUGACAGAUCCAAAAUAGGAUCAGAACGUUAUCCUUCUGGAAGACAUACAUCUCAACCAGGUUCACGAGGAUCAGUUUUCGGUAGACCAGAUGUGAGACCAGCUUCUCCAGGUUCAUCAUUAGACGGAACACAACCAGGAUCAGGACGUUAUCCAUAUGGAAGACAACCAUUCGAACAACCUGAUAGAACACAUCCAGGAUCAGAUCAGUAUUCAUCUGGAAGAGAAUCUCCUGAAAUAGGUAAACCAUAUGGAAGACCAGGAUCACAACAACCUCCAUUUGAUAAUCGAUUAACAGGUAGACGAUAUCCCUACACUACUCAAAGGCCAGCAAUUGGAUCUGGAGGUUACGAUGUACAAAAACCUGUAGGCUUCGGAGGUUUACCAGGAAGAGUAAAUAUGGGUAGGCCGAAUCAGUUUUCGACAUAUCCAAGAGGACCCGGAUCACUGAAUUACAAUGAACCUUCCGAUUUCCAAAAUACUCGAUUUAACCAACAACCACGUGGAUUUUCUGGUUCCCGGUCUAACAAUCUUCAAUCAUCUAAUUAUGGAAGAGGAUCUCAGCCAUCGAGCUAUCCUCGGUCAAAUAUUUGGGCAUCUCCAAGUUGGAGAUACAACGAAUUCUCCUCGCAGACUUCAUCAGAAUGGGCUACUGAAUCUCCACUUGUAAAUACACCAAGAGAUGAUCUUCAAACAGCAUACAGACCCCCAGAUCGGUUAUCAAAUAACAAUUAUACCGCAACAUUUGGUAAUCACCAGAAGAGUAGCGAAUUGAAUGUUAAAGAUCGAUCUAUGCUUGGUCAGCCCUCUCAACAAGGUGAAAGCAGCUUACCUUCAUCUGAUGAAAAGGGUCUAAAACCAAUUCUUGUUUAUGAAAAUCAUGUACCAGUUGCAAUAACCAAAAAUUCGACAGGAAACGGUAACGCUGCUAAAGAAACAGUUAACGAAGAAGUACCAGCUUAUAAAUUAUACUACGUUAAAGAGGACCAGAUAAAAAAUUAAUAUAAAAUGUUUAAAAUGAGUUUUUAU